AUGCUACUCCUCCAAUUCCUCGCUAUUGCUGCUGGCCCACUGGCAUUCGCCGGUGCCAGCCAUGUACCAACUCGUCGAACUUCAAGCACAACAUCUGCUCUCAUAGCAACGCAGUAUGGAACUGUUUUUGAUGCUCCGGUCACAAUAGGGAAUCAAACGUUCAUGCUCCUCGUUGACACCGGCAGUAGUGAUACCUACGUGAUGCAGACUGGGUAUAAAUGCGUCAACAGCACCGACAAUCUCGUCAUACCGGAACUUGACUGCCUCUACGCGAACAAGACCUACCAUAAAUCCAAAACAUACCACCACGUUUCCAAUGAGAUUUUCGGCGUCCAAUACGGCGCAGGUAUUGCAAGCGGCCUCAUGGCCUACGAGCAAGUGUCAAUGGGCGGCAUAAGUGUCAAGGCACAGAAAGUCGGCAUCUCGAAUGAUUCCAACCCCAUGGGUGAUGGCGUGAAUAGUGGACUACUCGGUCUGGCCUAUCCGUCUCUCACGUCCGCACACCCGGCGAACCAGACAUCCAACAGCACAUACUGGCAUGAUCGUCUGGUGUACAACCCGUUGCUGUACACGAUGCAUGAGCAAGGUCUUAUAGAUCCAUACUUCAGCCUCGCGCUCGCACACACACCGCAGAAUGAAUCUACAUCCUUUGGAGGUUAUUUGACGCUUGGUGGUCUUCCACCCGUCAACCACAGUUCCCACUUCUCGACAGUCCCCGUGGAGAUCACAGAUAACAUUCCACUGUGGUUCACAUCCGGAAAAAGUGUUCGGUCGUACUGGUCAACCACCGUCAAGAAUAUCACUUACGGCUCAUCGUUGGAUAAUCUGACUACAAACUCAACUUCGUUUCAAGCAUUCAUCGACUCCGGUAAUUAUAUUUCUUAUCUCCCCGAUGCGAUUGUCGAUCCGAUCAAUGCUCUCUUCUCGCCCCCGGCAACUUAUGAUUCUGAUUCUGGACUGUAUUUUGUCGAUUGCUCGGCUAAAGCGCCGAGAUUUGGAUUGUCGCUUGGUGACCAGACAUUCUACCACGAUGGCUCGGAUCUUAUCUACCAGACCUCUGAGGGAAUUUGUGUGUCCAGUCUGGCUUCGUCUUCAGAGGUGUCUCUGGGUGAUAUUACUUUGAAUAUCAUUGGUGUUCCAUUCUUGAAGAACGUUGUUGCUGUCUUUGAUUUCGGAAAGAACGAGAUGCGGUUCGCUAAGAAGUUGAGCUCGACGCAAAGUGUAUCGGGGAACACUACAUCAGCCCCACUGGCCUCUGGUACCUCGAUGCAGCACAAUAGCCGAUACGACAUUGUGAUUGGUUUGUUCCUGGGGGUAACGAUCUGGCAGAUGGCAUGA